GUGUCAAUUUUGAUCUCCUCAGCCGCUGCGCUGCUAAAUUGACGUCCCAUUUGCUCAGGUUUUGGCCGGGAAGGUUUCAGUCCAACUUCAUCUCCAUCCGUUCAAACCCCUCCUUUUUAAUUUUUUAGACCCAAAGAAAAAGUUGCAGGCACUUUUUCAUUCCCCAUCUCUCUUCUUCUAUCUAUUAAUAGGAAAAGGAGAAAAAGAAAACAAAAAAAAACAAAAAAACAAAAAAAAAAGAAGCCUGUUCAUGAAUAAAUAUGGUAAACUCGUUGAAUUAUUGAGGAGGAAGAAAGCACUCUCCUCUCUUUUUUUUUUUUUUUUUACCCUCUAUGUUCUGCUCUCUGCCCCAGAAGCAAUGAACUGAAAAGGCAUUCAAUGCGAAACUGGGGAUGCGUAAAAAUUGAAUACACAGCUCAACUAUUUCAUCUUCUGCCACAUAUAUGCGUAUACCAUGUAGAGUAGAGUAGAGCAGCGCUGCUACCGUCUCUCCUCCCCUUUCUCUAUGUGUUUCUCUUGUAGAUUCUUUGUUUCUCGAGAGCUGGAGUUCUGAUUUGGUUUACCGAAGAGGAAGAUGCCGAGGCCUGGGCCAAGACCUUACGAGUGUGUGAGGAGAGCUUGGCACAGCGACAGGCACCAACCCAUUAGAGGUUCCAUCAUUCAGCAGAUUUUCAGGUUCUGGGUUUUCUAUGUUGUUUCGUUUCUUCGUUACGCAGAUUUUGGCUCGGUUUUCAUCAAAUUUUCUUGCAUUUUGUGGUUGCACACCAUGUGUUUGAUUAGGCUCGUCACAGAGUCUCAUAGUGCCGCGACUAAGAAGAAUAGGGAAUGGCAAGAAAAAUUACCUGUUGUUGUCUUGAAAGCCGAGGAAAUUAUGUACUCCAAAGCAAAUUCCGAGGCCGAGUAUAUGAACCUUGAAACUUUAUGGGACCGUGCAAAUGAUGCCAUAAAUACGUAUAUCCGGAGAGAUGAGAGCAAUGAAAGUGGAGAGCUUUUGCCUCCGUGUGUUGAAGCUGCGCUUAAUCUGGGCUGUAUUCCAGUGAGAGCUUCAAGAAGCCAACGACAUGCUAACCCGCGGACGUAUCUCACACCAAGAGCGCAGGAACCUGCUUCUGCAUCUCCUAAGAUUUUGGAUAAAACUGUUAAUGAACGGUGUCUUCAGUUGUCACCACUUAGUGCAGGAGAUCAAUUGAACUAUGCGAGAGAUAUCCCUGCUGUGAAUCCAGCUCUUCCUCUUGCUCAAUCUAAUUUUCAUGCAACGGGUAAUAGUAACUUCGCUUCUCCUUGCAGUUACCCUUUUAUAUACGAGAAUAUCUCUGAAGGCCAUAACCAGAUGAAUGCCCAACUGAAAUUGGGUUCAGUUUAUCCCUUGUAUUAUGGAAGCUAUCAUCAGCCUGAACGGUCCACGGUAGGCUCCCAAGUCCCAGAGCAUAGAAACACUAAGCCUAUAUUUGUAGGCAAGCCAGUUGGUACAGCAGCUGUGGAUCGUGCUGAAACGAGUGGCUUGCAGAACCUUUUUUCAUGUUCUAGUAGUGGUAGAGUUGCUCAAGUGAUUAGACAAGCAGACUCCAAGGACAUGCCCGGCAAGCCCCUGGAGAAAGAGUGUGAUUUAUCCUUGCGGUUGGGUCUAUCCUCGGACCUAUGCAUGAGCUUAGAAAAGAGUUUGACCCCUGAAACCGAGGAUGUGGGUUCAAGCUGUUCUGAGGGCGGCAAGUCUACUGCACUGUCUUCACAAAGAAACAAGGAGUAUUGUUUUUUUCCACAGAAGACACUUGAUGAUCCCUAUGAAUCCUGUUCAAGUAUUAGAAAGCGCAAAGCACCAUAUGGUGGCAAUUCAGAGGAUGAUUAAUUUGGCUGGCAGCCGGAGCUCCGAUCUGGCCGCUUUAUCAGUCAUAUAAAAAGGCCAGGUUCGUAGACAACACUUUUGCUGUAGUUUCAUGUUUAUCCAGAUUGAAGAUGCCUCAAUAUGAGUCGAUUUUGAAAUCUCCAUUUUCUAUGUUAUCGGGUUGUAAAAUUUACAUGGUGAUGAGUUGCUAGUUGGUAUGCAGUAGAAAAUGGAAUUGUAAAUAAAAUCAGUUUGAUUCAAAAUUUUAGCUUCCGCUGAGGUAAUA